AUGAGUAAAAGUUUUCGUUUGUCGUCAUCUGAAAAAAUUGAAAUUGUGAAAUGGUACGCCAUUUACCAAAAUGCAUCUGAAGUUGCUCGUCAAUUUCAAAAUCAUUUUAAUCGAACUCCGCCAACAUCAAAGAAUAUUUUGAGCCUUGUACAAAAAUUUGACGAAACUGGAAGCGUUGCAGAUAAACCUCGAUCUGGUCGUCCUAGAUCUGUUAGUACAGACAAUAAUAGGGAGCGUGUUCGUGCUGCUUUUGAAGAAAAUCCUGGAAUUUCAGCAAGAAGAGCUUCUUUGGAACUGAAUCUUGAUAGAAGUAGCCUUCGACGAAUGAUAAAGGAGCUGGGAUUGAAACCGUAUCGUCCUCAAUUACUGCAUGCAUUGAACGAAGACGAUCCUGACAGACGCUGUGAAUUUGCCGACAUCUUUCUCAACUUAUUAGCUGACGACUCUUCCUUGCUUAGUCGAAUUGUUUGGACCGAUGAGGCCAUUUUCAAGUUGAAUGGUCAUGUCAAUCGACACAACUGUGUUUAUUAUGCCGUAGAAAAUCCCCAUGUCAUCAUUACUCAAGAAAUGAAUACCUCGGGCAUCACUGUAUGGGCUGGAAUUUGGGUUGGAGGUGUCAUUGGACCGUUCUUCUUCCUGGAUAAUAUUACUGCAGACAGCUAUCUCAAGAUGCUCCAAAACGAUAUUGUUCCCGCUAUUGCAAGUGAAAUGGAUUUAGAAGAGAUAGUCUAUAUGCAUGACGGAGCUCCAGCUCAUUACGCUCAAUCUGUUCGGCACUUUCUGGACAAAACAUUUCCUGAUCGGUGGAUUGGUCGACGUGGAUGGAUUGACUGGCCACCAUGA